AUGCCACAGGCCGGUACUCACGACGAAGCUGCGCUCCCCACCAGCCCUUUGGCUGGAGGGGCUGUGUCUUACAGCCAGCUUAACAAGGAAUCGCAAUCAGUUCCUUCAAUUGAAUCCAACAAUGGCGCCGUGAUCGCCCCUGCUUCGCCCCGCGUUCGAGGUAGCAGCGGGAAGCUGUUUGCUCUUGAGCUCGAGGAUGGCACAGUCUACCAAGGCUACAGCUUUGGUGCUGAAAAGAGCGUGGCAGGAGAACUGGUCUUCCAGACCGGUAUGGUUGGUUACCCCGAGUCGGUCACUGACCCCUCCUACCGUGGUCAGAUCCUCGUUGUCACCUUCCCCUUGGUUGGCAACUAUGGUGUGCCCUCGCGGGAGACCAUGGAUGAGCUUUUGAAGACACUCCCCAAGUACUUCGAAUCUACUCAAAUUCACAUUGCGGCUCUGGUCGUUGCCACAUAUGCGGGAGAGGACUACUCUCACUUCCUUGCCGAGUCGUCAUUGGGCCAAUGGCUUAAGGAACAAGGCGUCCCGGCCAUGCACGGUGUUGACACCCGUGCCUUGACCAAGCGUAUCCGUGAAAAGGGUAGCAUGCUGGGCCGUAUGCUUCUCCAGAGCCCUGAAGUCGCCGAGGGCAAAGAUGCCAUCGUUGAGGACGGCUGGAGGUCGUCCUUCGAGGAGAUCGACUGGGUUGACCCCAACACAAAGAACCUUGUGAGCGAAGUCUCAAUUCGUGAACCCCGUCUCUUUUCGCCCCCCGAGAAUGUUGCACUCAAACACCCAUCUGGCCGUCCAGUCCGUGUUCUUUGCUUGGACGUUGGUUUGAAGUUCAACCAACUGCGCUGCCUUCUUGCCCGUGGAGUCGAGGUCCUUGUCGUGCCUUGGGACUAUGAUUUCCCCACUCUGGCAAAGGACUACGAUGGUCUGUUUGUGUCGAACGGUCCCGGUGAUCCUUCCACGCUUUCUAUCACUGCCGAGAACCUGUCCAAGACUCUCAAGGAGGGCAAGACUCCUGUUUUCGGUAUCUGUUUGGGUCAUCAAUUGAUUGCUCGCUCUGCUGGAGCCCAGACUUCGAAGAUGAAGUUUGGUAACCGUGGCCACAACAUUCCCUGCACAAGCAUGAUCUCGGGCAAAUGCCACAUCACUUCCCAGAACCACGGUUAUGCCGUGGAUGCCACAAGCCUUCCCGAAGGCUGGGAGGAGCUGUUCGUGAACGCAAACGACGGCAGCAAUGAGGGUAUUCGACAUGUCAGCCGCCCUUACUUCAGUGUUCAGUUCCAUCCCGAGAGCACACCCGGUCCCCGAGACACCGAGUACUUGUUUGAUGUGUUUAUCAACUCUAUUCAGGAGACUAUUGCCUCUUCUGAUGCUCUCAGCAAGCCUGUCACCUUCCCUGGUGGCACCAAGGAAGAGAAUGUGAAGAAGGCACCUCGCGUUCACGCCAAGAAGGUCCUGGUCCUUGGUAGCGGUGGUCUUAGCAUUGGACAGGCAGGAGAAUUCGACUACUCGGGAAGUCAGGCCAUCAAGGCCCUGAAGGAAGAAGGAAUCUACACUAUCCUGAUCAACCCCAACAUUGCCACCAUUCAGACUUCCAAGGGAUUGGCGGACAAGGUGUACUUCCUUCCUGUCAACGCCGACUUUGUGCGCAAGGUCAUCAAGCACGAGCGACCUGAUGCGAUUUACGUCACCUUUGGUGGUCAGACUGCCCUUCAGGUCGGUAUCCAACUCAAGGAUGAAUUCGAGUCUCUCGGCGUCAAGGUUCUCGGUACCCCUAUUGACACCAUCAUCACAACCGAAGACCGUGAGCUGUUCGCUCGCAGCAUGGACUCCAUCAACGAGAAGUGUGCCAAGUCUGCAUCCGCGUCGACCCUUGAGGAGGCCCUUCAAGUAGUUGAGGCGAUCAAAUUCCCCGUCAUUGUUCGUGCAGCCUAUGCACUUGGUGGUCUCGGCAGUGGUUUUGCCGAUAACAUGGAGGAGCUCAAGGAACUCUGCACAAAGGCCCUGGCUGUUAGCCCUCAGAUUCUGAUCGAGAAGAGUAUGAAGGGCUGGAAGGAGAUUGAGUAUGAGGUUGUCCGUGAUGCUCAGGAUAACUGUAUCACUGUUUGCAACAUGGAAAACUUUGACCCUCUGGGUAUUCACACCGGUGACUCCAUUGUCGUCGCACCCUCGCAAACUCUCUCCGAUGAAGACUACAACAUGCUGCGUACUACUGCGGUCAAUGUCAUUCGCCACCUCGGUGUUGUUGGUGAAUGUAACAUCCAAUAUGCCUUGAACCCGUUCUCGAAGGAGUACUGCAUCAUUGAAGUCAACGCUCGUCUGUCCAGAUCAUCUGCUCUUGCUUCCAAGGCCACUGGAUACCCUCUUGCCUUCAUCGCCGCCAAGCUUGGUCUGGGCAUUCCUCUCAAUGAGAUCAAGAACUCUGUCACAAAGGUCACCUGUGCAUGCUUCGAACCCUCCCUUGACUACUGUGUGGUCAAGAUCCCCCGAUGGGAUCUGAAGAAAUUCACCCGUGUUUCCACCCAGCUUGGCUCUUCCAUGAAAAGUGUAGGUGAGGUCAUGAGCAUUGGAAGAACCUUCCAAGAAGCUAUCCAGAAAGCCAUUCGAUCGGUGGACUUCCACAAUUUUGGUUUCAAUGAGACCAAUGCUCUCAUGUCCAUCAAGGGAGAGCUUCAGACCCCCUCUGACCAGCGUCUGUUUGCCAUCGCGAACGCUAUGGCUGCUGGCUACAGCGUUGACGAUAUCUGGAAGCUUACCCAGAUUGACAAGUGGUUCUUGAGCAGACUCAAGGGUCUGAGUGACUUUGGAAAGCAAAUGACCACCUACAACGCGACCACCGUGCCCAUGCCGCUCAUUAGAGAGGCCAAGCAGCUCGGUUUCUCCGAUCGCCAACUUGCCAAGUUCCUGAGCUCCAAUGAACUCGCAGUCAGGCGCAUGCGUGUUGAGGCGGGCAUCUUCCCCAUUGUCAAGCAGAUCGAUACAGUUGCUGCCGAAUUCCCCUCAGUGACCAACUACCUGUAUCUGACUUACAAUGCCACUCAGCAUGACGUGCACUUUGAGGACCAUGGUAUCAUGGUGCUGGGAUCUGGUGUCUACAGAAUCGGUUCCUCCGUCGAGUUUGAUUGGUGCUCUGUCCGGACCAUUCGUACCUUGCGUGAGCAGGGCCACAAGACUGUCAUGGUUAACUACAACCCAGAAACUGUCUCUACUGACUAUGAUGAGGCUGAUCGCUUGUACUUCGAGAACAUCAACCUCGAAACUGUUCUGGACAUCUACCAGCUCGAGUCUUCCAGCGGUGUGAUCAUGUCCAUGGGUGGUCAAACACCUAACAACAUUGCUUUGCCCCUCCACCGCCUCAAUGUCAACAUCCUUGGUACAUCUCCUGAGAUGAUUGAUGGUGCUGAGAACCGCUACAAGUUCUCUCGUAUGCUUGACCGCAUUGACGUUGACCAGCCCGCUUGGAAGGAGCUCACUAGCAUUGAAGAAGCCACUGAGUUCUGCGACAAGGUUGGCUACCCAGUGCUUGUCCGACCUUCGUAUGUUCUCUCGGGUGCUGCCAUGAACACGGUCUACUCCGAGCAUGACCUUGCCAGCUACCUCAACCAGGCUGCUGAUGUUUCCCGCGAGCACCCUGUUGUCAUCACCAAGUACAUUGAGAAUGCCAAGGAAAUCGAGAUGGACGCUGUUGCCCGCAACGGUGUUAUGGUUGGUCAUUUCAUCUCUGAGCACGUUGAGAAUGCCGGUGUGCACUCUGGUGAUGCUACCUUGAUCUUGCCCCCGCAGGAUUUGGACCCUGAAACCGUACGACGCAUUGUCGAGGCCACUAGAAAGAUCGGAAAUGCUCUGAACGUGACUGGUCCUUACAACAUUCAAUUCAUUGCCAAGGACAACGAUAUCAAGGUCAUUGAGUGCAACGUUAGAGCAUCUCGUUCUUUCCCGUUCGUGUCUAAGGUCAUGGGUGUCGAUCUUAUCGAGAUGGCAACCAAGGCAAUGAUCGGAGCUCCUUUCGCUGAAUACCCGCCUGUGUCUGUCCCCAAGGACUACGUUGGUGUGAAGGUUCCCCAGUUCUCCUUCUCUCGACUUUCUGGAGCAGACCCCGUUCUUGGUGUUGAGAUGGCUUCGACAGGAGAGGUUGCUUCCUUCGGUCGUGACAAGUACGAAGCUUACCUCAAGGCUCUCCUGUCCACUGGUUUCCGCUUGCCCAAGCGCAACAUCCUGUUCUCCAUCGGUUCGUACAAGGAGAAGCUUGAGAUGUUGCCUUCCAUCCAGAAGCUGCACCAGAUUGGGUACAACCUCUUCGCUACUGCUGGUACUGCCGACUUCUUGAAGGAGAACGGCGUUCCAGUCAAGUACUUGGAAGCUCUCGUGGGCAAUGAUGAGGACAUCAAGUCCGAGUACUCGCUCACACAGCAUCUGGCGAACAACUUGAUCGAUCUUUACAUCAACCUUCCAUCCAGCAACCGAUUCAGACGCCCUGCCAACUAUAUGAGUAAGGGUUACCGCACUCGUCGUAUGGCUGUGGACUACCAGACUCCUCUGGUUACCAACGUCAAGAAUGCGAAGAUCUUGAUUGAAGCCAUUGCCCGCCACUAUGAUCUGAAUGUGCAGACCAUUGACUACCAGACAAGCCACCGCACCAUUGUUCUGCCUGGAUUGAUCAACAUUGCUGCUUUCGUGCCCGAUCUCGUCAACUCCAGCUCCAAGGAUUUCGAGCUUGUGACCAAGGCCUCCAUCGCCGCCGGUUUCAGCAUGGUUCGUGUCAUGCCCGUCGGUGUUGACAGCUCUGUCACCGAUGCGCGCGGCCUAAAGGUUGUGCAGCAGAAUGCUCAGAAGGCUUCUUACUGUGACUUCAACUUCUCCGUUGUGGCUACCUCAGACAACUCGGAGCAGGUUGGCCAAGUGACCGGUGAUGUGGGAUCAUUGUUUGUCCCCUUCAACCACCUGUCUGGAAACAUCGGCAAGGUUGCUGCUGUUACCAACCACUUCACCGCAUGGCCCUCGAGCAAGCCCAUGAUCACUGACGCUAAGUCCACCGAUCUCGCCUCGAUCUUGCUGCUGGCAAGCCUCCACAGCCGUAACAUCCACGUUAUGAGUGUGACUUCCAAGGAAGACAUCAACCUUAUUGCACUCAGCAAGGAGAGAGGCCUGAAGGUGACUUGCGACGUUUCGAUCUUCUGCCUCUUCCUUUCCAGAGAUGACUUCCCCGAGUGCAACUCCUUGCCCUCGGCUGAAGACCAGAAGGCCCUGUGGGAUCACCUGAGCACCAUCGAUGUCUUCUCGAUUGGCAGCAUCCCAUUCCAGUUGGCUGGCAAGCAGGCAUCUCCCACCGUUGGUAUCGCUGAGUCGCUUCCGUUGCUGUUCACUGCUGUUUCAGAGGGUCGCCUUACCGUUGAGGACAUUGUUGCACGCCUCUACGAGAACCCCAAGAAGAUCUUCGAGCUGCAUGACCAGGCGGACAGCUCGGUUGAGAUUGAGGUUGACCGCCCGUACCUGUACCAGAGCUCUCAGGGCUGGUCUCCCUUCAACGGCAAGAACAUGAAGGGUUCUAUCCAGCGCGUUACCUUCCAGGGAAAGACCUCUUGCCUCGAUGGCGAAGUAACCUCUGACGCUGUCAAGGGUGUUGACAUGUCUGGCCACAGAAUUGUUCCCGCGUCUCCUUCCGUCAAGGCCAUGUCGCCCUUGGUCCAGCCCCGACCUGAGGGUUCCAUUGACAGACGUCUGUCAAUCUCGGGAACUCCUGCUCGUCCUCUGCGAGUUAAGCCUACCGACCAAACUGAGCUUGGUCCUCCUUUGUACGCUCCUAUCUCUCAGGCUUCGCCAUUGCUUGACAUGCUCUCUCGGUCUCCUUUCAGACAAAAGCAUGUGCUUUCCGUCAACCAGUUCACCCGCGCGGACCUGCACUUGCUCUUCACUGUGGCCCAGGAGAUGCGUCUUGGUGUCCAGCGCCAGGGUGUGCUUGAUGUUUUGAAGGGCCGUGUCCUGUGCACGCUCUUCUACGAGCCGUCCACCAGAACCUCUGCCUCGUUUGACGCUGCCAUGCAGCGCCUUGGAGGACGCACCGUGAUCAUCUCGACGGAACACUCUUCUACCAAGAAGGGAGAGACCUUGCAGGACACUCUUCGCACUCUCGCCUGCUACGGAGAUGCCGUUGUUCUGCGACACCCUGAAGCCAGCAGUGCCCAGACUGCCGCCAAGUUCUCCCCCGUCCCCGUUCUCAACGGUGGUAACGGUAGUGUUGAGCACCCCACGCAGGCCUUCCUUGACCUCUUCACUAUCCGUGAGGAGCUUGGAACUGUUACCGGCUUGACCAUCACCUUCACUGGUGACUUGAGAUACGGACGCACUGUGCACUCUCUUAUCAAGCUGCUCCAGUUCUACGAUGUCCGCAUCCAGCUUGUUGCGCCUAAGGACUUGUCUCUGCCUGAGGAUGUCCGUCAGCAGAUCAUUGCUUCCGGGCAGCUUGUGAGCGAGUCGGAAGAGCUGACUCCCGAGAUUGUCGCCCGCUCCGAUGUUUUGUACUCGACCCGUGUGCAGAAGGAGCGUUUCGCCGACCUCGAGCAGUACGAGCGCCUCAAGAACAGCUUCGUCAUCAACAACGCUCUUCUAAAGCACGCCAAGAGCCACAUGAUCGUGAUGCACCCGCUGCCCCGUAACGCGGAGAUUGCGGAGGAGGUUGACUUUGACCAGCGGGCGGCCUAUUUCAGACAGAUGAGAUAUGGUCUUUACUGCCGCAUGGCUCUGCUUGCCUUGGUUAUGGCGCCGUAA